AUGGCUCUCGUAGAGGGAGAGGCCUUUGUGGGAUCCGCAGCAAACACACCGGCCUGCGGUGCGGUUUCAAAGGCUGCUUCAGACAGCGAUAUGGCGACUUCCUGCAGCUCGCCAGCUCUUCCGAAGAACGUGUGCGCUAACACAGGCCCCCCUCCAUUCCUAGCCCCCUCUCCACCUUUAGAGUUCGUCGACGGCCUCAACCUCACUGACGCACAGCUUGCCAAAGUGCGUGCGCUGAGGGCCCUCGUAGAUGCCUUGCCCAUCGUCGAAGAGAUACCAGAGGAGGCUCCCGCGGUGAAGGACAAAGGAUGGCUGUCUGGUCUGUUCAGCAGGAGCUCUAGUAACGUCACGAAGAAAGAAGUGCGCGAGCUUACGUGGGAAGAGGUGCUAUGGCUGGCAAACGACUUGGUGCUUUGGCGCUAUCUGAGAAGCUAUUCAUGGGAUCAAAACCAGGCCCAGCAGCAGCUCAUGCAGACGAUAGCGUGGAGGAGAAACAGAAAGCCGCACUGCAUACACCCUGACGACGUAAAGGCCACUGCAGCCAGGGGCAGUGUCUAUAGGAAGGGUUUUGACAUCCAUGGCCAUCCCAUUGUCUAUUUCAAGCCGGGUCGGGAGCCUGCUCAGUCGACGAAAGCUGCGCAAGAAUACACGCUGUACACGAUGGAAAAGGCCAUACAAUCCAUCAACAAGGCUAAGGGGCGAGACCAGUUAGUGUUUCUUGUGGACUUCACAGGUUUCAGCAUAACUCAGGUGCCUUCAAUGGACCUCAGCAAGGAAGUAGUCAACAUCUUAAACGACCACUACACUGACAUCCUUGCGAAGGCGUACAUGUUGGACGCUCCAAGUUACUUUGAUGCUGUCUGGAAAUUUGUUAAAGUCAUGCUGCACCCUCUCACGGCCAGCAAGGUUGAAUUCAUUCAGACGUCAAACAAGAAACAGCUGGCGAAACUCAUGGAGCAUAUUCCAGCGGAGUUUCUCGAGGAAAGUCUCGGUGGGUCUUGCGGUGUCGUUUACGACCACCAGAAGUACUGGAUGGCGGAGGAUAAAUACCACGCAGACAUCGCACGACACACGAAGGACACAAUUGCCAAAAUGAAAGAAGAUGAAGCAUUCAUCGGCCGCUUGCAAACCGCAACCUCACUGCAGCUGGCGGCCGCACAAGAGCCAUUGCUUGCCAAGUCUACUACCGAGACAUCCGAAGAACAGUAA